GCAUUUCGAUGUUUUGCUCCCCAAGCCACGUAACUUAGUUGGGAUUGUUUGUCACCAAACUGUUCUUGGAUAUUUGGGAGAAGUUGUUACUUUCGUACCAUUCUUUAUUCAUGGCUGUGUUCUUAUAGGCAAAAUUGUGAGCACACUCCCUUGGCAGAGAAGCAACCCCACACAGAAAUGGUCUCAGGAUGCUUUACUGUUGGCAUGAUACAGGACUAAUAGUUGCGCUCACCUUUCCUUCUAGAGACAAGCUUUUUCCUGGAUACCCCAACAAUCAGAAAGAGGAUUCAUCAGAGAAAAGCCCCACUUGGAAGUUUGAUGAGGCCCCCUAGUGGGCACUGGUCCCCUGGUUCAGAAACACUGCUUUAAAUUCACUCAGUCAGUCAACCAACCUACCAGUGCAUGACAGAAUGAUUGACAGCAUUAUGCAAUUAGCCAGAAUGUUAAAUGCAUUGUCAUUUGUAAGUCACUUUGCAUAAAAGCGUCUGCUGAAUAAAUACAUGUAAAUUUCAUGUAAAUGCGAUAUUGAUCUCCUCCCACAUAUAACUUCAACUUCCAACAAUAAUUUAAUAAUUUUUAAUAAAUCAUAAACAUUUUGUGGUUUGGGCAAAAAAUGGGAAGCCUAGAAAUUGUGUAUUUUGAGUUAUUUAUUUUCUAUUAUUGUGCAGAAAGUCACAGUGCAUUGUUUUAUGAUUUAAAAAAAGUCUUAUAGUUGACAAGAAAAUGUCACCCAGCAAUUUCACCAUAAAAGCAUCUAAGUGAUAGCUAUACUGUUUUUCACUUAUUUAAUGUAUGAUUUUCAGCAAUGUGAAAAAAUAAUAAAUAUGACCAGGGGGUUUGGUUCCCAAACCACAAGAGCAUAUUAAAAAAAAAACUUCAUCUGAAAGAAAGGGCUCCGGUGUAUGGCACCGGAGUGUGACAUCUACUGGAGCAAGAGCGUUAAUGCAGACGUUUGACACCUGGCCAUGUCACUCAUACUGGUGCAGUUUUUCAUUAAAGGCCAUAUCUGCCCACAGCUUGUGUUAAAUGGAGAGUGUAGAUUCUGGUAAAGUAAACAUAAAUGAAACUCUCUCUGUCGAACAACUGGAGGAUAUAUUACAUGGGGGUCAGUUAUCCUGUAACCACGUUGAUGAAGUGUGGCCUAAUUUGUUUCUUGGGGACAUGUACAUGUCUCAUGAUAGGUAUGGCCUAUGGAGAUUGGGUAUCACCCAUGUUUUAAAUGCUGCACAUGGUAAAAUGUGUUGCAAAGGAACUGAUGAUUUUUAUGGGACAACAGUGAAGUACUAUGGUGUGCCAGCCAAUGACCUGCCAACAUUUGAUAUAUCACCAUUUUUCUACCCUUCAGCACACUACAUUCAUGAAGCUCUCACCACAACUGGAACUAAAGUGUUUGUUCAUUGUGCAAUGGGAGUGAGCCGUUCAGCAGCUCUGGUCUUAGCUUACUUAAUGAUACAUUGCAAUCACUCUCUAGUGGAUGCAAUCCUGAAAGUGAAAGAAAGAAGAUGGGUUUUCCCAAACAGAGGAUUUCUGAAGCAGUUGAUAACACUCAACGAUAAAUUAUACAAUCAGCAAAAAUCGAUUUUAUAAAUUAAAAACAGUUUCUGUCAUUUCAAAAUAAAUAUAAAUAAUUCAACACCUUUUAUUAUAUCAAAGUACUCUCUUUUCCAGAGUACAUUUUCCACUAUCAUAAAAAUAAUAAAUAAUUACUCUUUACAUUAUUAGCCAUAUAUCUUCUAUUAAUCUAGCCUAUUAUUUAAGUAAAACAAGAAAUCCAUUACACUCACUGUAUUACAUAAAACGUCUUGAACCUAACGUGUUAAAGUAUGCAAAUGUCAUUAAAGCUGAUGAAUGGCAA